AUGGUUAGCGUUCCCUUUUUCAGGCAGCUUUCGGCUGUGUCUCUUGCAAGCCUGUUUCUCCCUAGCAGUGCUUCUCCAGCCUCGUGCUACAAUAACACGCCUUCGCCUUCUAUCCUUCCUCCUCGCGUAACAUUAGACAAUGGUCUUAUCGUCGACGGCGUCAUCAACCCCUCAACCCCAGGUGUCUCAGAAUAUCUUGGUAUCCCCUACGCCAAACCACCCGUCGCCGAUCUCCGCUGGGCACCACCACAGUCCUACUCACCUGAAAAUGGGACCAUCAUUAAUGCCACAUCUAUUCCUGCAUCUUGCUACCAAUACAGCACCGACAAUCCCACUCUUCUCACUAAAGAACUUCCUGAUUUUGUUGUCGGAUCAGCUGGUAACGCCGGGCUCAGUGAGGAUUGUUUGACUGUGAGUGUGUAUGCGCCUGCGAAUGCCGUCAAAAAUGGGUCAAGUUUACCGGUUGUCAUCUGGGUUUAUGGUGGUGGGUUUGCGACAGGGGCCAUGGAUGUUAAGUACCAAAUUCCGUCGAAGUGGAUUGAACGGUCGCAGGUACACAUUGUGGUGACUUUCAACUACCGCAUUAAUAUCUUCGGUUAUCCAAAUGCAGCCGGCUUAGAGGAGCAGAAUCUGGGAAUCUUGGACCAGAGACUCGCUAUCGAGUGGACCCAGUCCAACAUCGCCAAAUUCGGCGGCAACCCUUCUCAAAUGGUUCUCUGGGGCCACUCCGCCGGUUCCGUCGCUGUUGACUAUUAUAACUUCGCCUAUCCAAGCGACCCUAUCGUCAAAGGUCUAAUCAUGAAUUCUGGUACUGUUCACUUGGACCAACUCGUCAGCCCAGACACUCCACACUCCAACUUCACCUUUGUGGCGAGUAAUGUUGGAUGUGCGAACCAGACUAACGCCGCUGCCGAAUUGGCUUGUAUGCGCAACGUUCCCGCUGAUGUGAUUGAGGAUUUUUUGCAUGCUUAUGAAGACUCGGGUGUCAGUCCUUCCAUAACCUUUGCACCAACAGUGGAUGAUGUGAUUGUUUUUGGGAACUACACUGAGAGAACUGCUCUCGGCGCCUUAAGCACACUGCCCGCCAUCAUCGGCAACACCGCCAACGAAGGCAUGUUUCUCGCACCCUACGUGUCCACCGGCUCCGACCAGUCCAUCGCAACCCAGAUUUCCUACGAGUACUUCUGGUGUCCAUCCACCAAAUCCAGCUACGAGCGCCUCGCUGCCAAUCGCACCACACAUCGUUUCCUCUACUCUGGAAACUUCACCAAUGUGUCACCAAAGCCGUGGAUCGGUGCGUAUCAUAGCAGUGAGCUGCCGUCGGUAUUUGCAACCCAUGAUUUGAAUGGGGAGUCUGGGGAAUUUGAGGUGGCUGUUAGCGAGAAGAUGCAGGAUGCGUGGUUAGCGUUCGCGAAAGAUUUGGAUGGUGGACUGGAGGCGUUGGGGUGGGAGGCGUAUGAAGGAAGGGGAGGCGCUGUGAUGGAAUUUGCGGGGGAAGAUGGGAGUGUAGGAACGAUCGUGGAGUUGGGGGAGAUUGAGGAGGAGUGUGCUGCUCAAGGGUUGGCUUAG